UAGUAAAGCUCAAACGUAAACAAAGCAUUACCAGCUGACUGGCAACGAGAACAGCUGACUUCACCCAUUCACAAUUAUCCCCAAAGUCAUCGUGGUUUUCACGUCAAGCAAAAGGGGUUUUGUGAAACAUUGUUUUAUAGGAGUGGCAGCAAAAUGUCUCUCAGGUCUGUUGGUCUGAUAAGGCCAACCUUUCAAGCGGUCCAUUGCACACUUAGAAAGUGGAAAGUACAGGAUGCAACCAUACGACUAUUAUCAACGGAACAGGCAAGGAAUCCUGAAGGCAAAGAAGGUGAAACCCAUUUUGGGUUUAAAACAGUCAAAGAGAGUGAAAAAGGACACAAAGUGCACAAAGUUUUCGAAGAAGUGGCUAAAUCUUACGACUUGAUGAAUGAUAUAAUAUCCCUGGGUAUUCACAGAUUAUGGAAGGAUAUUUUCAUGGAAAGAUUAAGUCCACCGAGAGGCACAAAACUCCUUGAUAUGGCAGGCGGCACUGGAGACAUAGCAUUUCGCUUUUUGAAGUACCUAAAAAAUUUACCAGACUCACCAGAUGGUGGGAAAAAAAGUCACGUGACAGUUGCUGACAUCAAUCAGAAUAUGCUGGAUGUGGGUAUGGCAAGAGCUGAACGGCUUGGCUACAAGGACGUCAGUCCGAAUGGUGACACCAUAGAAUGGGUUUGUGCUGAUGCAGAGAAGUUACCGUUUGAAAGUAACACAUUCAGCGCUUAUACAAUUGCUUUUGGUGCUCGAAACUGUACCCAUAUUGAUCGAAUUCUUGCCGAGGCGUACCGAGUUCUGCAGCCAGGAGGGAGGUUCCUAUGCUUAGAAUUUAGUCACCUUACAAAUGAAGUUUUGCAAAAGGCUUACGAUCAAUACUCAUUUCAAGUAAUUCCACCAAUGGGACAAAUUUUGGCUGGGAAUUGGGACGCUUAUCAAUAUUUAGUGGAAAGUAUUCGAAGAUUUCCGAAUCAAGAAGAAUACAAGAAAAUGAUCGAAGAUCAAGGAUUUCGGUUUGUUAGUUAUGAAAAUUUAACUUUCGGAAUUGUGAGUAUUCACUCAGGUUUUAAAUUUUGAUAAAAUGUGAGAUGAAAUUGAAUAUAUGUAGUUUGUUAUUAAAGUUUGUAUAUUCAUUUGAA